AAAUCUUUACUUAUCUUUCAAUUUGAAAAACAAGCCACUUAUGUUGCCUUGAUUCGUCGUUCAUUCUUGUGUGUACGCUUGAUUUUGCUAUGAGCAUGUACAGCGUAGCAGCUGAAUUAGGAUUGGGUAAGCCUGCACAGGCCCUCGCUUCGCCAGCCCCCAGGCCUGCACCAGCCACAGGAGUACCCACGACGCAGUCUCUAGCUGAAGUAGAUCAGAUUCUGCCUGAGGCUUCUGCUGAGGAGACUCCUGGAACUGGAGCAGAUCGAGGUGACCAAGGAGGGGCACCAGCAGCGCCUGAAGGUGAUGAUGCUCUGAUUGAUGCAUCAGAGAUCUCAGUAGGUGAGCCAAUUCUGUGGCCUUUUUCAGAUUGCCAUCUCCCAAUAGCUCGACUCGUUAACACUGAUGGAGUAGAAAUUGUAGCCAUGCAGCAAUCAAUAUCUGAAAAGCAAGGUGCUGCAAGUGCUGAAGAAAUUCUGGAGCGUCUGCCAAAGAUAUAUGCAAAUCUGAAUGAAGACUCUAUGCUGCUGGCGGAAAAAAUGAAGUUAUUUCAAGAUAAUAUAAAGGAAUGUCAGACAUUUUUAACCGAACUUGCCAACCAGUCAACUGUGAAGUCCCAGAAGCUAAAAGAAGUUGAAGAAGGGCUCCAGCUGAUGGUCGACAAGAAAAGCCAGCUUAAGGAGAAGACCCAAGAGGUCGAUGACUUGUGGAACAAACAUGACACGAUCGAGUUUGAGCGCCGCCAGGAGAAGGAGCUGCUGAAGAAAGAGAUAGAGUCCCUGGCAAAGGACAACAAAGCUCUCAAAGAGAGAAAUCAGUCUUUGCAAGAGAAAAACAAGUCGAUUGUGAAGAAUCAUAAAGGUGAAGUAGAGAGGCUUACCAAGAUCAUGGAGCAUGCAGAUGUGCAGCUGGUGCAGUGCAUGCAGCAGAUCAAAAACUUGGUAGCUGAAAAAGAUAUCUGCAACAAGGAACUUGCCGACUUGAAGACUGCUGCACAGGCAGUGGUCGACAUGGUGGAUCCUCCUGAGGGGAGUGUUGAAGAGGGUAGGACUUUGUUGGAGCGACUGCAGGCAGCUCCACAAAAGAUCACCAACUCUCGGAGACCACCAGGCAGUAUCGCAUGUUUUAGGUUUAGUCAAAUCUUAUUGGCCAGAGGCGAACUUGAAGCCACUUGGAGAAGGUAUGCCCCUCGAGUGCGACGAAGAGAAGUUUGCUACUCUUAUUGAGGAGGUGAAGCAUGUGGCCGACAAGAUUGUUGAUGCCUUAGAGCAAGGUGCUGAGGCAUGAACUGAUGGAAUUUGGGCUAGGCCCAUGAACAAUUUCAGAAAUUCCAAAUAAAUCUCAAAGACCCAUGGUGCAUGAAGGAAGUGAGCUAGGGUGCAAACCUUUAAUCCCACAUUGCUAGGGGAAGUUGAGGAGGUCCUAUGGAUCUCCUAUAUAUCUAACCCAUAGGCUACCAUCAGAGUACACAUCAACUCAAGCUAAAGUUACAAAACUGAGCUAGGGUUACAAACCUA